AUGCUUGUGGAGAAAGGGGUUCCGUUAAAAUAUUCGCCCUGGGGCAUGAGCGAUGUGCGGGAUAAGGAGCACAGAGCAGUGAGGGGACGCCUCAAGGCCGAAGGCCGGGCCCCAGGUCACCGGCGGUCCUACCCGGAGCCAGGAAGCAGAGGGGCACAGAUGCAGCGAGGAGAACUGUGGGAGCCCUGGAACGGGCUCAUUGUGAUCGGGAAGAGAAUGGAGUUUCUGAGUAGAAAUACACAAAAGCCUAGGAUGUCAGACCCCAAGGCCGACCCUGAGUACUGGAGACUAGAAGGUGUAGAAAAGAGGAUCUUGAAAGAGAAGUCAGGCCAGAGUCAGGAAAGGAUGGAUGUGCAGCCAGUCCACAGUGUAGCAGGUGCAUUACAGGCUUCGACAGGUUUGGGGCAAAACAGCCCAAGGGAGAUGUGGGAAAAGCAAGAAAUCAGAGGCAAAAUAGGCGCUGAAUCUGAAAGUGCGGGGAUGACAGCAGGGUCUAGGCGGCCGUCUGGUUUUAAAGACAGGUUAAAGUUUACUGGGGAGCAGACCAGUGGAAAGGACCUGAGAUCCAGGGGAUACACACUAGGGCAGAAUGAAGAGCUGAGGGUGAGUGGAGGGAAACUGAGGUCAAGUGGAGAGAAGCUGAGGUCAAGUGGAGAGAAGUUGAGGUCAAGUAGAGAGAAGCUGAGUGGAGAGAAACUGAGGUCGAGUGGAGAGAAACUGAGGUCAAGUAGAGAGAAGCUGAGUGGAGAGAAACUGAGGUCGAGUGGAGAGAAACUGAGGUCAAGUGGAGAAAAGCUGAGGUCAAGUGGAGAGAAGCUGAGGUCAAGUGGAGAGAACCAGCUAUCCAUGGGAGAGAAGCUGAGAACUAUCGGAGAGGAUUUGAGAUCCACUGGAGAUAAACUGCAGUCAAGUUCAGUUAAGCUGGGGACUAGUGGGGAGAAGCUGGAGGAUUCCGGAAUGGGGAACAUAAAUGAAGAGCAUAUUGAAAGAGUGGUAGAAGUUACUAACGCUGAGAUGGAAAUUCCUGUUGAAAGACAGGAAGUGACAAGGGAAUGAUGAGCUCGAAGGGGCUCGGAAGCGGGGACGGAGGAGGAUGUCUUGGGUGCAGCGAAUGAUAUUGCUGAUGAAUCUUUCUGUGGAAGAGAAGGAGGUUAUAGGUGAAGGUAGUAGUGAAUAGGCAGACAAAGGACUGAAGCUAAAGAAAGAGAAGGAGAUAGAGGAAGCAUUGCAAGUCAAAGAGAAAUUAGAGCCAAGCAGAGCAUUAUUGACCGUGAAGAAAAUAGGAGAGAGGAGAGUAAGGGAAUGAAGAGCUUCUGGAGUUGAAGGUAGAGGCCAGGAGCAACAGAAACAAGAGUGAGGGAAAGGGAAAUGGGAACAUUUUGAGGAGAAAGAAAAGAUCUGAUAGUGCGUUGGUAGGUAGAGGGAAAGUGGAGGUUGGUUUCUUGGAGCAGAACCGGGACUGAAGGCUCAUGGGAAGUGUUUGAGAAGUGGAUCUGGGAUGGGCUGGAAGACUUAGUUUCAUGUGUGAUUUGGUUGACGAGAUACAGAAGAAUGCAUAGCGAGAAAAAUGGAAAAUUACAGAAAAAGGCUAGAUAAUGGAGGCUGUGCAGGGAGAUGUAAGCCGGAGUGAGCCAAGAAAACUCCUGAAGGAGGAUCCUGCAGAAGAACGAGGGGCUCCAAAGUGACCAAAACAAGAGUAAAGACAAUAAAGAGGGGAAGAAAAAAAAUCUCUGCCUUCCCGAGAUCAGCUGCUCCCAGCCUCCACUGGCCGUUCUCUGAGCACCGAGAAGCUGGGGCCUCUCUCAAAGGAGGCCUCCACAGGCACGAGGUCAAGACCGUUGUGUGGGUCUCUCCGACUGCACUGCACACUAUGACAAUAGGACUUCACUUCCAUCCUCAGCGAGGCCAUCGCCCUGGGCCCCGGCCAGCUCUCCUGUCAGAUCUCGCCUUCUUAUCCGUCCUUACUGGCACCUGGGCAGGGUUCAAAACCUGCCUGCGGUGUGCUCAGGAUGAAGCAAGCAUCCAGAUUGCCGAUGGAAACAGAGAGACCGUCUGCCCACCCCGCAGCCCACGCCUCUUCCCUCUGGUGUCUCAGACAGAGGACUUGGUGCAUCAAAGACUCAUUGCUUCCGCCGGGCUUUCUCCUUGAGCAUCAGCUGGACAAACUCUCGGCCUUCACAAUGUAGGUGCAGAGGUGCCUCUUGACGUCGUUGUGACACUUCAUGUGGCGGUUCAGCAUGCGCUGGUAGAGACAAACAGAAACCUCUCCCCUCUUCUGUCUUUCGGUGUCGGAUAGCGUGAGUGAGGCUCCUGGAGGCUGGAGCCUGGCCACCCCGCCCGCACACGCACAAGGAGCGGCAGAGGGAGGAGUGACAGCAGGUCUCUCCCUCCCCAGAACAAGGAGCACAGAUUGUCACCUGUGCCCUCCAGGUUUAGACCCCUACCUAACACCUGGGCCAAUCCUGCCGAUCCUGUUCGAGGAGCCUGUACAUCUCCCUCACCUGGACAGCAGCAGGUGGCACAGACCACCCGGAAGCCCUCCUCCUCACCUGCUGGUAGCCCAGCCCAUCACCAGGAUGCAAGAAGCCAACGAUUUGAACAAACGGAAUUUCUUUGUCCUUUAUAAAAGUCAACAUAUGAUCAGUUACUGAUUGGGAUAUGAAAUCAAACUAAAAAUAACAGCACACCGA